AUGGAUCUGGACGACGAGGAUUCUCUCUUUGUCACGGACUCAGAGGUUAUCGAGGUCGGCUUAUCGUCGUCGCCGCCGCGUCCGUCUAACAGUGCGGCGGCUACGGGCGGUAGCCAACAACAACGCGGCCUGAUACCACCGGAGCAUCUCCCUGGCGCUAUAGACCUGAGCGGCGAAGGGACUCCUCUAGACUUUCAGACACCGAACACCCGACGGCCACAUCACCACCACCAUCACCACCACCACCAUCGCCACACUCAGCCGCGACGUCACCAUCACCAUCAUCACCACCACCACCAUCCUCGCCCGAGACAGCUGGUCCGCGCUGUUAUCGACCUGACGGGGGAGUCGACAUCGGCACUUUCCGAGGUCGACGCAUCUCUGCAGAUGCAGACCAGCCAGAUUGGGAGAAACCCCAGGAGGACCAUGUCGCAAAGAGUCACCCCGCCGUCAUUGUCCAGGAGUGAUGGUACCCUAUCUCGGCCCACCGCACCGGCAGAUGUUAUUGACCUCACUGGAGAUUCUCCCGAGCAUGAUACGUCGUUAUUGUCCCACAGCCUCCGCCCGCGGCAGCAGCCCUACAACCCAAACCGCCGCGCGCUGCACGGCUACCACGGCAGCGCCGACUCUCUCUUCAGCGUCGGCUUUGGCGCAUCCGGAUCACAGUUCACCGACAUGCGCGGCAUCAGGCAGACGCUUGCCGGCCUAUUCAACAGCGACAUCAUCAGCUUUGGCUUUAACAGACCGACAUACACCCCUCCUCGCCCCGAGCCCGAGAGGCAGAGCCCCAAGCCACCUAUGGAGCCGACACUGCCGACCCGCGAGGGCUUCACCAGGAACACAUGUGCCGAGCCUGCAGAGGAUUUGGUCGUCGUCUGCCCCUGCUGCGACGAAGAGCUCGCUUAUGACGCCUCCGGCAAUAAUGCACCUGCCAAAGACAAGAAACGCAAACGUGCAGUGGGUGAACACCAUUACUGGGCACUCAAAAAAUGUGGCCAUGUCUACUGCUCCGAAUGUUUCGAGAAUCGCCGACCGACAAAGACACACCCUGAUGGUGUCGGCUUUCCCGCCCCUGAUGGCAAGGUGCCCUACCACGCAAUUAACGAGCUGCGCUGCGCUGUUGAAGGAUGUGACACAAAAAUUGCCCAAAAGGGUGAAUGGGUGGGUAUUUUUGCCUAA